UUUGAUAAGCUUUAUACAUGGCGAAAUCAAAAAUUCGAUUAACAAGAUAAUGAAUGAAUUUAUCUUUGUUAUAAAUAUUCAAUAUUAUUGUGACUAUUCAGAGUAUGGAGAAUCGGUAUUGUUCCGUUAAGUUUUUUAUUGCUGUGUCCUACCCAGUGUUUAUUACUUAAAAACAAAAUGGUAACUCCGAACCAAAGUUCAACGUUGUCUGAGUAUUAACGGUUGACAAAGAAAUCUACGUUGAUCAGGUAGAAAAACAAGAUUAGUCUCUGUUGAUAGCAUUUCGAUAGACAGAUCAUGAUGAUGGUUGCUAGAAAUUUUAUACGAAUCAGGGCAGUGUUACCGGUCUGUAGAAGGACAUUUACGAAUGUUAAAACUUGUAAAAAUGUGAUCGGUUCUGGACUACCCGAUUUGGAAAUACCGGAACUAACAUUACCAGAAUUUUUCGAACCGUAUUUAGAAAAGUUCGAGAAAUUUACUGCCGCUGAAUGUUGUGAAACCAAAAGAAAAUAUACAUAUGGAGAAAUCAACAAGAAAAGUAAAAGACUAGCAAGGGCUACACAAAAAUUUCUGGGUCUCAAUGAUGGGGAUGUUGUUGCAGUUAUUCUCUCGAAUAUUCCGGAAUAUCCUAUAGCAAAUUUGGCCAUUUUGAGGGCAAACCUUCUUAUUACAACAGUAAGCCCAAUGUUCACUUCUGAUGAAAUUUCCAGACAGCUCAUCGAUGCAAAUGCCAAACUCGUGAUUACUCAACAAAAUAUUUUCGAAAAAGUCAGUGAUGCCAUCAGAAAAACAUCUAGAAAGGUGCCAGUGAUGGUUAUAAAAACUAAAAACGGACAAGAGCUUCCAAACAAUACCAUAAACUUCCAUGAACUUGUAAAUACAGAAAUAGAUCACCCUGAUAAGAAACCUUGCAAUCCUGGAAGCACAGCAGUUUUACUUUAUUCGAGUGGCACCACUGGUUUACCAAAGGGAGUUCAAUUAACACAUAAGAAUGUAAUAUCGAAUCUCUUACAGUUCAGCCACCCUGAUAUUCAAUUCUUAGAUGAAGCUUCAGGUAGUUUCCAGGAAAUUUAUCCCACAACUUUACCAUUAUAUCAUACUUUUGGUUACAACUUAAUAAUGAGUUAUUUGACUUUAUAUGGAGGACGAACUGUGUUAUUGGAGAAAUUUAGUCUGAAAUCUUACAUCACAUUGCUGCAACAAUAUCCAAGCAGCACCGUUCUAUGUUUGGUUCCACCCCUGGUGUUGAUGCUUAUCAACAACGGAUCUAUAAAGAAGGAAUAUUUAAGAAAUGUUAAAUUAGCCUUUUCUGGAGCAGCUCCAUUAUCACAAGCAGAUGAACAAAGAUUUAUCCAGAAAUUUGGAGAUCAUCUAACUUUUGCCCAAGGUUAUGGCCUUACCGAAGCUACAAGCGCAUCCAGCUUCCUUUUCCCCAAGAUACGCCAGAGCAAGCAAUCUUCCCAAGGUUCUGUAGGAAUACCCAUGGCCAACUCUCAGAUGAAAUUCUUGGAAAUAGACGAACCCAAUAGUGCACCUCUAGGUCCGAGAAACAUUGGAGAGUUAUACAUCAAAGGCCCCCAUGUAAUGAAAGGCUACUUAGGACGCCCCCAAGAGACCAAAAGCUGCCUUACCGAAGAUGGCUGGUUGAGGACUGGAGACGUGGGUUACCACAACGAAGAAGGUCUCGUCUUUGUCACUGACCGCUUCAAGGAGUUGAUAAAAGUUAAGGGUCACCAAGUGCCUCCUGCAGAACUAGAGGGUGUUAUACGAUCUUACCCUGGUGUUCUUGAGGCUGCAGUUAUUGGAAUACCACACGAAACGAGCGGUGAAGUGCCCAGAUGUUAUUUGGUGCAGAAGAAAGGUGUUACCGUAGAUGUUAAAAGGUUGAAUGAAUAUGUUUCUGAGAGAGUUGCCAAGUACAAGGAGCUCAAAGGAGGUGUUGCUAUUGUUGAUGAGAUACCCAAGAGUCCUUCUGGGAAGAUUUUGAGGAGGAAAUUGAGGGAAGAGUUCUUGAAGAGUGGGGGGAAUUGAAUAUAUAUAAUUGAAGCAGUUUUUAUGUUACUGUUGAUUGAAAAAUCGAUUUUGAACUUGAUGAUUAUAUUUUUCACAAUUAGAUGGCUACUCUGAUAGUAUUUAAGUUAGGACUUUGUGGUGAAAAUAUUAAUUGUAUUGAGUACAAAUAAAAAUCGAUGA